AUGGGUCGUCUAAGUCCGGAGAGGUCGAGGGAGAGGAAGGCGUUCCCGCAAGCGACGACGACGACGGUGAGGGCGGCGAUGGAUGGAGCGGCAGAUGAAGGAGGACUUGUGGUCUCCGGCGGCCACCUUGGCAGCAUCCUUCUCGGAACGAAAUCCUGCUCAUUGUUAGCUUAUUUUGCUGCUCAAGCUGGGGCCUCAAGAGUGAUUGCAAUUGAAGCCAGUGAGAAGAUGGCUGGUGUAGCUACUCAGAUUGCAAGAGACAAUGGCCUCUGGCGGAGUGGAAGACCAGAUGGAUGUAAUGAUAGUUAAGGCGUCAUGGAAGUUGUUCAUAGCAUGGUUGAAGAGCUUGAUAAAUCCAUACAGAUCCAACCUCAUUCUGUGGAUGUGCUAGUCAGUGAGUGGAUGGGAUAUUGCUUGCUAUAUGAGUCCAUGUUAAACUCAGUCCUUUAUGCACGGGAUCGAUGGCUGAAGCCAGGAGGUGCCAUACUCCCUGACACUGCAACUAUAUUUGCUGGGAUUCGGAAAGGUGCAACAAGUAUUCUUUGGGAAGAUGUCUACAGUUUCAAUAUGUCUUGCAUUGGCAAGGAAAUUGUCGAAGAUGCUGCUCGAUAUCCUAUAGUUGAUGUUGUGAAUGAUGGUGAUCUAGUCACUGAUGCAGUUGUUCUUCAGGCUUUCGACCUUGUUACAAUGAAGCCUGAUGAAGUGGAUUUUACGUCAAAUAUCGAGAUAGUUCCCAAAUUGGCUGGUCUAGCAGACAAAGAUGGCAAAACCACCUGGUGCUAUGGAGUUGUAUUGUGGUUUGAGACUGGGUUUACCAGCAGGUUUUGCAAGGAUUUUCCAACCGUGUUAUCCACUUCCCCAGCUACCCCUAAAACUCAUUGGGCACAGACGAUCAUGACGUUUCGUGAACCUAUUGCUAUGUCAUCGAGGAGGCCCUGUGCUGACAGGCUUGCUCCAGUUGGUACUGAUGCCUGUCCUGCCGAGAAAAUUCAGUUAAGAAUAAGCAUAGCACGUGCUCCUGAGCAUCGCAGCAUCGACAUAUCCCUGGAGGCUGUUGGUAUUGACCUGGAUGGUAGGAAGAGAAAUUGGCCCGUGCAAAUAUUCAAUCUAUGUUAGCAGUUGAAUUUGUUGAUUUCCUCAAGAUUUUUUUUUUUUUUUUUUUUUGGUCGAGAUUUCCUCAAGAUUCACUGGCCUUGUUCUCUCUUCUUGAAGCCUGGAAGGCUUGCAAUUUUGUCUUUAUAGUACCAAACACUUGGAUCAUUUUAGUUUUUCUGUUAAUUGCUCGAAAAGAGAGUUGUUAAUUGGGAAAAUGUGAAUGCCUUUCUAUUCACGGGCAUAUAAGACCUUGUCGAUAUGAAAUUUGAAUUUUACCAGCUUUAUAUUGACUCGA